AUGGAUGCGGCCGAAACGCCGCCACUUCCAGAGAGGAAACAACCUCAACAAACCCUAACAUCACUGCAUGUUUCAUUUGAUCUGGUGGCAGAAAUACUGUGUAGGCUCUCCGUGAAACACCUUAUUCAACUAUGUUGCGUCUGCAAGUCAUGGAAUUCUCUUAUCUCCCAUGAUUCUAACUUGGCCAAGAAGCACCUCCGCUUCUCAACCUCAUGCCACGACCGCUACCAUCUCGUCAUGAACUCGGCGGACGACUCACCUGAGCUUGUUCUAUGUCAUUCCCCGAUCUCCUCUAUCUUCAGCUCCGCAGCCCCUACACAGUUCAGGUACCCUCUAAAAGAGAUUAAAGGAGACUGUUAUAUGGAAACUUCCGCUUGUGACGGCAUCUUAUGCAUUAGUAUAGAACUGAUGGCUGAUUGUUUUGUUCUUUUGUAUGAUCGUUUCACCAAUAUUUAUAAGAUUAUUGCUAUCCAUGAGAUGAGGAGUAACAAAAUAGAAGUCUACAUUCAUACUUUGGGUACAGAUUAUUGGAGAAGAAUUGUUACCUCGUUCCUAAACCCGGAAUAUUUGUGA